UCUCCCACGGCCCCUGAACGCAGCAGCAGGCUGACUGGCUCCGUGAAGAUGGCGGACUGUAUACGUGUUCCUCUUCUGCUGCUUUUGAUCUGCGUCUUCUCGUCUUUGCGUCCGAUUCGAGGGCAAAACAACGCGAUGGCCAAACUCGCCCUGAAUGCCGACAACCCGCAGAAGCCCCCCGGAGGCCCCGGGCCCGCGUUGGGGAACCCGGGAGCCGCGGAGAGGAACCCGAUCGCCGGGGCCUCGCCGCCUCGGAAGCGCUCUGCCGGCUGGAAGUUGGCCGAAGAAGGGGUGUGCAGGGAGGACCUGACCCGGCUUUGCCCCAAACACUCGUGGAACAACAACCUGGCGGUUCUGGAGUGCCUCCAGGACAGGAAGGAGGAAACUGAGAUUGCGGCCGAAUGCAACCAUCUGCUGUGGAACUACAAGCUCAACCUGACCACCGACCCAAAGUUUGAGUCUGUUGCCGUGGAGGUCUGCAAGACCACGAUCUCUGAGCUCAAAGAGUGUGCGACGGAGGAGCUGGGUAAGGGCUACCUGGUGUCCUGCCUGGUGGAUCACCGCGGCAACAUCAGCGACUACCAGUGCAACCAGUACAUCACCAAGAUGACCAGCAUCGUGUUCAGCGACUACCGGCUGAUCUGUGGCUUCAUGGACAAAUGCAGAGAGGACAUCAACGCGCUGCGCUGCGGCAGCAUCAGCACCGGAGAGAAGGACAUCCACUCUCAGGGCGAGGUCAUCGCCUGCCUGGAGAAGGGUUUGGUGCGGCAGGCCGAGGAGCAGCCGGGGGCGCACCCCAUCAAGGACGACUGUAAGAAGUCCAUCAUGCGGGUCGCCGAGCUCUCCUCGGACGACUUCCACCUGGACCGGUACCUCUACUUCGCCUGCCGCGAGGACCGGGAGCGCUUCUGUGAAAAGACGCUGGCCGGAGAGGGGCGUGUCUACAAAUGUCUUUUCAAUCACAAGUUCGAGGAGGCGAUGACUGAGCGGUGCCGCGAGGCGUUGACCACCAGGCAGAAGCUCAUCGCUCAGGACUACAAGGUGAGCUACUCGCUGGCCAAAGCCUGCAAGUCGGACCUGAGGAAGUACCGCUGCAGCGCCGACAGCAACGUGCCCCGAGCCCGAGAAGCCCGCCUCUCCUACCUGCUGCUGUGUCUGGAGUCGGCGGUUCACAGAGGUCGCGUGGUGAGCGGCGAGUGCCAGGGCGAGAUGAUGGACUACAGGCGGAUGCUGAUGGAGGACUUCUCUCUGAGCCCGGAGAUCGUGCUGCAGUGCCGGGCGGAGAUCGAGGGCCACUGCUCCGGCCUCCACCGCAAGGGCCGCACGCUGCACUGCCUCAUGAGGGUCGGCCGGGGGGACAUGGGCUCCAUCGACCCCAACUGCCAGAGGGCGCUCCAGAGUCUGAUCCAGGAAGCCGACCCCGGAUCCGACUACCGCAUCGACCGAGCGCUCAAUGAGGCCUGCGAGUCCGUCAUCCAGACCGCCUGCAAACACAUCCGCAGCGGAGACCCCAUGAUCCUGUCGUGUCUGAUGGAGCAUCUCUACACCGAGAAGAUGGUGGAGGACUGUGAGCACCGGCUGCUGGAGCUGCAGUACUUCAUCGCCAGAGACUGGAAGUUGGAUCCCGUCCUGUAUAAGAAGUGUCAGGGCGACGCCGCCCGGCUCUGCCACACUCACGGCUGGAACGAGACCAGCGAGUUGAUGCCGCCCGGCGCCAUCUUCUCGUGCCUCUACCGCCACGCCUACCGCUCCGUGGACCAGGGCCGCAGGCUCUCCAGGGACUGCAAGGUGGAGGUGCAGCGGAUCCUCCACCAGAGGGCGCUGGACGUGAAGCUGGACCCGGAGCUCCAGCGGCGCUGCAUGACCGACUUGGGGAAGUGGUGCAGCGAGAAGACGGAGGCGGGCCAGGAGCUGGAGUGCCUGCAGGACCACCUGGAGGACCUGGUGUCGGACUGCAGGGACGUGGUGGGGAACCUGACGGAGCUGGAGUCUGAGGACAUCCAGAUCGAGGCGCUGCUGAUGCAGGCCUGUGAACCCAUCAUCCAGACCUACUGCCACGAGGUAGCAGAUAACCAGAUCAACACCGGGGACCUGAUGGAGUGUCUGGUGCAGAACAAACACCAGAAGGAGAUGAAUGAGAAGUGCUCGGUGGGCGUGACGCACUUCCAGCUGAUCCAGAUCAAAGACUUCCGUUUCUCCUACAAGUUCAAGACGGCCUGCAAGGAGGACGUCCUCAAGCUCUGUCCCAACAUCAAGAAGAAGGUCGACGUGGUGAUCUGCCUCAGCACCACGGUGAGGAACGACACCCUGCAGGACGCCAAGGAGCAGCGGGUGUCCAUCAAGUGUCGCAAACAACUGAGGGUGGAGGAGGUGGAGAUGUCGGAGGACAUCCGCCUGGAGCCGGAGCUCUACGACUCCUGUAAGCAGGACAUCAACCGGCUGUGCCAGAACGUGGCCUUCGGCAACGCACAGGUCAUCGAGUGUCUGAAGGAGAACAAGCGUCAGCUGACUCAGCGCUGCCACCAGCGGAUCUUCAAGCUGCAGGAGGUGGAGAUGGUCGAUCCUGAGCUGGACUACCAGCUGAUGAGGGUCUGCAAGCACAUGAUCCGGCGGUUCUGUUCGGAGUCGGAGGGAAAGAACGUUCUUCAGUGUCUGAAGCAGAACAAGAACAGCGAGCUGAUGGAUCCUAAAUGCAAACAGAUGAUCACCAAGAGACAGAUCACCCAGAACACAGACUACAGGCUGAACCCGGUGCUGAGGAAGGCCUGCAAAGCCGACAUCCCCAAGUUCUGUCAGCCGAUCCUGAACAAGGCGACGGCCGACAGCGAGCUGGAGGGUCAAGUCAUCUCCUGCCUCAAGCUCAAAUACGCCGACCAGCGCUUGUCUCCGGACUGCGAGGCUCAGAUCCAGGUCAUCCUGCAGGAGUCGGCGCUGGACUACAGGCUGGACCCUCAGCUGCAGAUCCACUGCACACAAGAGAUCUCCAGGCUGUGUCCGGAGGAGGCGGCGGCUCAGGAGCAGACGGGGCAGGUGGAGGAGUGUCUGAAGGUCAACCUGCUGAAGGUCAAACAGGAAGGAUGCAAGAAGGAGGUGCUGAACAUGCUGAAGGAGAGCAAGGCGGACAUCUUCGUGGACCCCGUCCUCCACACGGCGUGCGCUCUGGACAUCAAACAUCAAUGUGCAGCCAUCCCGCCCGGCAGAGGGCGACAGAUGUCGUGUCUGAUGGAGGCGCUGCAGGACAAACGUGUUCGUCUGCAGCCGGAGUGCAAGAAGAGACUUCAGGACCGCAUCGACAUGUGGAGCUACGCCGCAAAGGUGGCUCCGGCCGAGGGCUUCUCAGACCUGGCCAUGCAGGUGAUGACGUCCCCGUCUAAGAACUACAUCCUGACGGUGAUCGGCACCGGCGUGGCGCUGCUCUUCAUGAUGGGGCUGCUCUGCGGCCGCUUCACCAAGCGCCUCACUCAGGAGCUGAAGGACAGGUAGACCCGCCCCCUCCCGGGGUCAGGACACACCCACAAGAGAAAAACGACCACCGCCGACGAGAAUCUACGCCCCACCCCCCCCCCCCCCCCACCCCCCUCCCCCUUCAUUCACAAACACCCGUUGCUUCUUCUUCCAUUGCUGGAAUGACAUUACCCACAAUCCUUCAGACAAAAGUCUUCUUGAUCGGUGACUUACCGGCUCUUCCUUCCUUUACAUGAGCCCCGCCCACUCUCCAGGAGGCCACGCCCCCUGCCGCAUCAUCUUCUCGACGUAGAUGCUUCCCCAUUGGCUGUGGGGGCGAAGAGGGGGAGGGGCUUGUAAGAAUGUGGGGUCAGAGGUCAAGAUAUGGAGGUCGAAUCAUAUUCAGUGUAAAUGUGUAGAAAGUGGGAUGGGAAAUGAUCGUGUAAAGAGCAGUUUAAUGACUUAUUUCAAUGACUACAGUGUGUGUGUGUGUGUGUGUGUGUGUGUGUGUGUGUGUGUGUGAGAUUGGAACUGUCUUUCUACCACCAUACUGUUCUAGUUUGUCGUCCUGCUAAAGUUUUUUUUUCGGGGGUUGUUUUUGGCUCUGGAUAUGUCGUCGUCUUCUUCUUUGAUGCCGAUGUGUGUUAGUUAGAUUUUAUCGCCAUGGGACUGUCGGGUGGGCGGAGCCAACCAGUCGGGUGGGCGGAGCCAACCAGCCGGGCCUCCGCCGAUCCACAGGUGGAGCUGAAGACAAACUCUCCCUUUACUUGUGGAUACUUUUUUUUUUUUUUUCUGAAACGGCGAUCUCUAAGGAAUUGUUGUUUUUCCCACCCAAGAGCUGUGCCAUGAACGCACCACGCACGUCCACCCGCUGCCUCCAGCAGAUUAGCCGGCAGCCGGAUCGGGACGCUCAUUUUUAUUUUACUUUUAGUUUCCAUUCAUGAACACGCGCAGAGCGGCCGUUGGUUGCCACGGAGACGCCGACGGCAACGCAGGCAAAAACAAAACAAAAAAACAGAAUAAAGAAAAGAAAAGAUUAUUAUAGUGACGUGAACAUGUCUGUGUGAAGAUGAUACUGGAAUCACUGCACAUCUUUCGUUCUUUUUUUUAUAUCUAUAAAUAUAUAUAUAUUGUUUUGUCAUAGCCUUAUUUAUUUGUUUACUAAUGAGUCAACGGUCUUUUUUUUUUUUAUAUCUAUGAUUUGAAUGUUCUCCGGUUGCCUUGUCUCCAUGGGGGCGUCGGCGGCCUCCUCCACGGUGGGACAGUGAACGCCUCUCUGGUGGCUACAGGGAGUUUCUCCGCAGACCGCACGGGUCCUGGUCUUCAGUGGCGCUUCAGAGUCCGGAUCGGACGCGUAAUGUGAAAAACUACGUCGCUGUAGCUUUAAGAGUCUUUAACGCGAUGACACUUUGGGGAUGACCACUGGUGCGUUCAUGCACCGUCGGAGCCGAUCGGCGAUACGGAGACAGAAGAGGGUUCGCGGGGUCUUCAGAAAAUAGUUAAAUGUCACCCGUAACGUAAUUAAAUGUGCGGCGCCAUCUAGUGGUGAGGUCGCAGAUUACAUCCGGCUGAAGCUUCUCCCGCUCUGGGCCACUGUAGCAAGAUGGCUGCCGGCUCCGUGAAGUGAAGCAGACUUAAUAAUAUAUAAAAUGUCGCCCUCCCCCCCCCCCCCCCUCCUCCCGUAAAGGCUACGCACUGUACCUUUAAAUCUACUUUAACAGGAAUCUGAGGCUCCUGUAGUUUCUUUCUGCUUCGUACAUGAAGUCAAAGAUGUGAGAAACGCACAAAAAGAAAGAGCCCAAAGAAAAAACUGGACAACAAGAAAAAGACAAAUACAUUAUUUUAGUCUCUAUAAUGGACCAGGAAAGGGGGCGGGACUUGGGGCUGCAUCUCAUGGUCUGAUUGGGGGGGGAUCACGUGUACAUGUGUACAUACUGCUGACGCGCUGUAAACCGUGUCGUUUGUGUUCUUCUGUCGACGCUCGCUGCUUGUAAAUGAGACGAACUGCCUUCACCUUUUUGUUUCUUCAUCUGACGUCGGGGGUUUUCAUCGCGGCGUGCCUCCUCGCUGUCCAGGACAUCCCAGAACCCCCUGCAGCACCCGGCGGAGGGGUGUGUGUGUGUGUGUGUGUGUGUGUGUGUAUGAUGGAUGAUGUGUGUGUGUGUGUGUGUGUGUUUCUGGACCGCGAGUGCGAUCUCCGUUUCCACGCCGUUCUCGUCCUGAACAUCUUUUUGAUUAUUUUCUUCAUUUAAAAAAAAAAAAAAAAAAUUUGAUGAUUAUGAUUUUUUUUUUUUUUGUAAACGAUGCUUUGUGUCUGAUUUUCAUUGAACGCCUGAUCAUUUGAUUUAUUGCCCCCCUGUCCACUUAUUUUUUGGGUUUCUUUUUGUUCUGUACAGAUAAAUUGGACAGUUUGUUAAUAAUAAUAAUAAUAAUAAAAUCUGCAAGGUUUCUAUUCAA